AUGGCUCCCUCCCGCCAGCAGCCGGCCCCGCAGUUCAGCAAGGACGAAAAGGUACUCUGCUUUCACAUGGACAUGCUCUACGAGGCCAAGAUUAUGGACGUGCAACCGGCCGAGAAGCCGGCCGAAGGCUAUCGCUACAAGGUCCACUACAAAGGCUGGAAGAACACCUGGGACGACUGGGUGCUCACCGACAGGAUCCGGCCUUUUGAUGACGAGCACAAGGAGCUCGCCGCCCAGCUGCACGCCCAGCUCAAGAACAGCAUGCAAAAGACGACAAAGCAGCCGAAGAAGCUGGCCAAGAACGGUGGUGAUUCCGCCCGAGGGAGCGAGGAACGAGGCUACGCCGCCGCUCAGGGGGGGCGGAUAGCCCGCAGAGGAAAGGACUGGGAGCUCGAACAGCAGACGUGUGUCAUCGUGGCAGUGGACCGACGGCUAGCCAAGCCGACAGACCCUACGCGAACCUGUUCCCUCCGUCGCGACUCCAGUGGGGUUGCCGUGGCAAGAAGUAUUGGCACGAUAGGGGCAGCUACACGAAAGGGUCUCCCCGUCGGCGUGGCCUUCUGGCUCCUCUUCUUUCUCCUCGGCGCCUUUGCCUCUUUGACUUCACAUCACUUCGAUCUCGUCAUCCGCACCGUCCGCACAUCGGCAGCAUACAUGCGCAUGACAAAGGCAGCGGAGGGUGCUUCCUCGUCCGCCGAGGAGGCACCCCUCUCGAACUCCACGGCGACCAAGUCUCGUGGCGUUGAGAAGGCGGCCGAGCCGGCUAAGGACCGACAAGUCUCCUCGAGGGCGCUGGUGCGCACCACGGGCCUUCUCUAUCAGUUCCCCAGCUCGAAUGCCAGAGGAUGCACGGAAUCGCAUGAAUUCGUUCCAAUGCAGAUCGAGUACCGAGCAAGGCCCAUGAAUUUGCGGUGCUUGAAGGUGAUCCACGAUCACCUCACCCAGCUCCCGCGACAGAACCACAAGUAUCUCGCGUCCAAUGGGAGACUUCUCUUUGAUGACCGAUACUACGGUGACUCCGAGCGCCAUGUUCUCAAGUGCACCAGCAGGUACAAUCAAGUUUUCGCGUACCCUGCCUGGGCCGGCAUGGAGAACCUUUUCUUUGCCUUUGCCGAGGACGCCUUCCACAGCAAACCUAUGAUCAACAUCCCGGUUCCUGACCACGUUCAGGCCAUGUUGGUGGAUGACUGGGAAAACAUCACCAAGAACAAUCAGCUCGUUCCUCUACCACACCCCAAAUCGGUGAAUCGCAUUUUGGAAGAUUUCUUGACUCAUGAGCGUCCCAACCGAGACGAAGGCUCGGCCAGCAUGGACAUCCUAGAGGAAGUCGUUGCGGGCCUUCGAGAGUACUUCGAAAAGGCGCUGAGCAGAAUUCUACUUUAUCGUUUUGAACGGCAUCAGUACAUGGACAUUCGAAAGCUUUGGGACGUAAACAACGACGACAACGCCAAGUACAAGAGCGUCUGUGAUGUCUAUGGAGCCGAGCACUUGGCACGCUUAAUCGUUUCAUUGCCCGAUCUCCUUGCACAAACCAACAUGGACCAACAGUCGGUUUCUCGCCUUCGAGAAGAAAUUGGAAAGUUCACCGUUUGGCUUUCCCGAAAUUGUGAGGUGUACUUUGUCAGCCAGUACGAGACGCCAUCCCAGGAAUACAUCGACAAGGCGAGAAGCUUCUAG